AUGUUAAAACAUAAAUAUAAUGAUUUAUGUGUAGAAGAUUUAUUUUAUAAAAACAAUAUAAAAUUGAUAGCUAUAGAUAUUGAUGGUACCUUAGCUGAUGAUGAAGGAAAAAUAAGUGAUGAGAAUUUAAAAGCUAUUGAAGUUUGUAAAAAAUCUGGGAUAGAAAUUAUUUUAGCUAGUGGAAGAUUACAUAGCUAUGCAAUGAAAAUGUUUACAGAUGAACAAAUAGAAAAAUAUAAAAUAGAUAAAUUAGAUGGUGUAUAUUCUCAUGGUGCUUAUAUUCAUAUGAAAGGUUAUGAUUAUGUAUACAGGAAAUUUUCUUAUAAAGAUUUAGAAUUAAUUUUAUUUUCUUUAGGUUCUUAUAAUAUAUUAAGGUAUGUUAUAUUCUUAACAGUUGAUUCAGCAUAUGUAAUAAAUGAUGAUAUUAAAUUAAUUGAAGAAUAUACUUAUAGUCCAGAAAGUGAAGGUAUUAUAUCUGAUAUUAAAUAUGUUAAAAUUAUUGAUACUAAUUAUAAACCUAUACUUAUAAAUAAAAUUAAAGAUAUUUUUAAUAUAGGAGAUAUUGUAUCUAUAGAAAUUUAUGAUAAAUUAUAUCCAAAUCAAGAUACAUAUAGUGAUUUAUUCAAAGUACUUUUUUAUGAAUUACAACCACAUUAUAAAAUAUAUAUACCAUCUUCAAAUAAUAAAAUUGUCUUAUCCCCAAUAAACACAGCAAAAAUACAUACAACACAAUUAUAUGCACAAUUUUAUCGUAUACAUUUAAAUAAUAUUCUAUCCAUAGGUAAUGAUGAUAAUGAUGUAGAACUCUUAUCAUCAACAGGAUUCUCAGUGGCAGUAAAAAAUUCAACAACUCGUGCGAUUCAGGUAGCUCGAUGUGUCAGUACUAGAACUAACAACGAAAAUGCCGUAGCAAAUAUUAUAUACAAGGCCUUAUCUGGAAGGCGUGUAUAA